AUGGACCCUGCUGAUCACGGUGGACGGGGAAGCCACGCCGCGCAGAGGCAGCAGUACGAGAUGACUCGCGGCGGCGGCGCCGAUGCGGAGAACGCUGGCGACGACUGUGGAGAAGGGCCCAGCCAGGUUGAUCCAUCCCUGUCCAUCUCCUCCGCCAAGUCCGGCCACGCCAUCGCCGCUCCGGCCUUCUCCUCCAAGCGCUCCUCCAAGGACAGGCACACCAAAGUCGACGGCCGCGGCCGUCGCAUCCGAAUGCCGGCUCCUUGCGCGGCCCGUGUCUUCCAGCUGACCCGCGAGCUUGGGCACAAGUCGGACGGGGAAACGAUUGAGUGGCUGCUCCAGCAGGCGGAGCCCGCCAUCAUCGCCACCACGGGGACUGGAACCAUCCCAGCCAACUUCUCCUCGCUCAAUGUCUCCGUCCGCAGCAGCGGCGGAUCUACCGUGCCGGCCCCCGCCUUCCACAGCGCUCUCGCGCUCGCUGCCGGCGCCGCGAACCACCACCGCCAGCAACGCCCCAAUUACGACGACGGCGAUGCCUACUCGAGGAAGCGCUACAGGGAAAACUUGUUCAACGACGACCGGCAGCAAGACAGCGCAAGGGCGGCUACGGUUUCCUCGCCCAGCUCAGGAACUGGCGGCGGCGGCGCCGCCGCCGGCAACCAGCUGAUCAGGCCGUCCAAUGUCGUUCCUGCGGGGGCGAUGUGGGCCGUGGCGGCGCCGGCGCCAGCAAACGGCGGAGGAGCGUUCUGGAUGCUCCCCGUCAACGCUACCGGAGCCGGCGGCGGCGGCCCAGCUGAAGCGUCCUCGCUGUGGACUUCCCCGACGGCCGCUGGGCAGUACGGGGCGGCGAUGCCGCCGCCGCUCCAGUUCAUGCACCGGGUUAACGUGCAGCAUGGGGCGGCGAGCCAGCAUCAUGGGAUGGGCAUGUCAGAGACGAACCUGGGCUUGCUGGCGGCUCUCGGCGCGUACAACAAGGGCGAGCAAAACCAGGCCUUGGAUCAGCACCAGUUGCAGCAGCCGCCGCCGCCGCAGGAGGCGGAGAGCGACGACGAGCAGCAGAGGAGCUCCCAGUGA